AUGGGCCCCGUUCUCCUCUCCCUUCUCCUCGCCGCCAUCUUCGCCGCCGCGGGCGUGGGCGAGGCGGUGUACAUCCCCUACAACACGUCGGCGGGGGUGGUGCCGGGGAAGCUCAACGUGCACGUCGUGCCGCACACCCACGACGACGUCGGCUGGCUCAAGACCGUAGACCAGUACUACGUCGGAUCCAACAACUCCAUCCAGGGGGCAUGCGUCCAGAACGUGCUGGAUUCGCUCAUCCCGGCGCUGCUCAAGGAUGAGAACCGAAAAUUCAUCUAUGUUGAGCAGGCAUUCUUCCAAAGAUGGUGGAGGAACCAGAAUGACAUGAUCAAGGAUACGGUGAAGGGGCUCAUCAGCUCUGGACGGCUGGAAUUAAUAAAUGGUGGCAUGUGCAUGCAUGAUGAGGCGGCUGUACACUACAUUGACAUGAUCGAUCAGACUACACUUGGGCACAGCUACAUCAAGGAGGAGUUUGGCCAGAUCCCACGGAUUGGCUGGCAGAUUGAUCCGUUUGGGCACUCUGCAGUUCAGGCUUACCUUCUUGGUGCAGAAGUAGGAUUUGAUGCUUUCUAUUUCUUCCGGAUUGAUUACCAAGACCGUGAUACACGUAAGGGAACAAAAGAACUUGAGGUUGUAUGGAGGGGCUCCAAGACCUUGGGCUCAUCGGCUGAUAUCUUUGCUGGCAUCUUUCCAAAAAACUAUGAACCACCUCCUGGUGAAUUUUAUUUUGAAGUUGAUGAUAGUUCCCCUGUUGUCCAGGAUGAUCCCCUUCUUUUCGAUUAUAAUGUUGAGGAACGAGUAAAUGAUUUUGUUGCUGCAGCUGUAGCACAGGCAAAUAUCACAAGGACAAACCAUAUCAUGUUUACGAUGGGAACAGACUUCAAAUACCAAUACGCAGAGAGUUGGUUCAGAAAUAUGGACAAACUAAUUCACUAUGUGAACAAGGAUGGCCGUGUCAAUGCUCUUUAUUCCACACCUUCAAUUUAUACCGAUGCGAAAUAUGCUGCAAAUGAGCAGUGGCCUCUCAAGACUAAUGAUUUCUUCCCAUAUGCAGACAACCCAAAUGCCUAUUGGACAGGUUACUUUACAAGCAGACCUGCCUUAAAACGAUAUGUCCGCAUGAUGAGUGGGUAUUACCUGGCAGCUAGACAGCUGGAGUUCUUUAAAGGGAGACAUAGCUCAGGUCUCUCAACAGAUAGUCUAGGUGAUGCUCUAGCUCUUGCACAGCACCAUGAUGCUGUUACAGGAACAGAGAAACAACAUGUUGCAAAUGAUUAUGCAAAGAGAUUGUCAAUUGGAUAUACACAAGCCCAGGAGCUCGUUUCAACUUCUCUUGCUUGCUUGACAGAGUCAGGCUCAAUAUCACGUUGCUCAUCCCCAAUGACGAAAUUGUCACAAUGUCUUCUGCUAAAUGUUACAUAUUGCCCUCCUGCUGAGAUGGACUUAACUAAAGGAAAAAGCUUGGUUGUUCUUGUAUACAACUCGCUUGGGUGGAAACGAGAAGACAUCCUUCGUAUACCAGUUUUCAGUGAUUCCAUUGUUGUUCAUGAUUCUGAAGGAAGAGAAAUUGAAUCACAACUUCUGCCUAUAGCUACUGCCUCGUUGAACAUAAGAGACAAGCAUGUCAAGGCUUACCUGAGCAUAACGCCAGGUGCAAAGCCCAAGUUUUGGCUUGCUUUUCCUGUGUCUAUACCACCUCUUGGUUUCAAUACUUACUUUGUCUCAAACUCGAAGAAAUCAGCACAUAUGUCUUCAAAGUCCAGUCAGUACUCACCUCAAGGAAGUGAAAGUAGUAAUCUACAAGUUGGUCAAGGCAACUUGAAACUUCAAUAUAAUGCAGCUGGAACAUUAUCCCUGUACUCCGAUAGUAAGACUCAGGUUCAAGCAAAUUUUGAGCAGAAAUACAAGUAUUACAUUGGACAGGAUGGAAAUGCAAGUGAUCCUCAGGCUUCUGGAGCAUACAUAUUCCGCCCUAAUGGCACAGUUCCAAUCAAGACUGAUGGUCAGGUUCCUCUCACAGUUCUGCGUGGGCCCAUAGUGGAUGAAGUGCACCAGCAGAUAAAUUCAUGGAUAUAUCAGAUUACCAGAGUUUACAAGGGGAAGGACUAUGUGGAAACUGAAUUUAUAGUUGGGCCUAUACCAGUAGAUGAUGGAAAUGGGAAAGAAUUAGCAACUGAAAUUGUUACAAACAUGGCGACAAACAAAACAUUUUACACUGAUUCCAGUGGACGCGAUUUCAUCAAAAGGAUAAGAGAUUAUCGAUCGGAGUGGAAGAUUGAAGUGCACCAGCCUAUUGCUGGAAACUAUUAUCCUGUUAAUCUUGGCAUUUAUGUGGAGGAUGGCAGCAAAGAGUUGUCUGUACUGGUAGACAGGUCAAUUGGAGGUUCCAGUAUAAAGGAUGGACAAAUAGAACUAAUGCUACACAGGAGGCUACUCCAUGAUGAUGGGAAAGGCGUUGCCGAGGCUCUAAAUGAAACAGUCUGUCUCGAUAAGCAAUGUGAAGGACUAAUUAUAGAAGGAAAAUACUAUGUCAAAAUAGAUCCACAAGGAGAAGGAGCUCGGUGGCGUCGGACAUUUGGCCAGGAAAUAUACUCCCCUCUCCUUCUUGCUUUCACAGAGCAGGAUGGAGGCAACUGGGCGAAUUCACAUGUUGCAAAAUUCUCUGCCAUGGAUUCAACUUACAGCUUGCCUGAUAAUGUUGCAAUGCUUACCCUUCAGGAGCUUGAAGAUGGAAGUGUUCUCCUUCGGUUUGCUCAUCUAUAUGAGGCCGGGGAGGACAAGGAUCUUUCAACUUUAGCGAGUAUCGACCUCAAGAGAGUGUUCCCAGAGAAGAAGAUUGACAAGAUCAUCGAGACAAGCUUAUCGGCAAACCAAGAACGCACAGCCAUGGAGAAGAAGCGCUUGAAAUGGAAGGUGCAAGGUUCUGCUGCUGACGAGAAGGUGGUCCGGGGUGGUCCUGUGGAUCCUUCCAAGCUUGUUGUUGAGCUGGGGCCAAUGGAGAUCCGCACAUUCAUCAUCAGCUUCGAUCAUCAGCUUCGAUCACAGCAUCAGUAA